AUGGUGCGUCUUACCAGCUAUCUUGCCGGCACGGCCGCGGUUACUACUGCUGCUGCUGCCGCCGCAGGCUGUCCAGACUACCUGGACUACUCGUCCGAGCGCCACGCCCCCUUCUCGUCGGGGGUGCACGAGUUCCCCUCCCAGCGGCCCAGCGAGGAGUGCCGCACCUACAAGGUCGACGAGGCCGAGGCCGUGAUAAGCCGUGCGAUGAACCGGACCAUCGCGGACCCGGACCUGUACCGGCUCUUCGCCAACACCUGGCCCAGCACGCUGGACACGACGGUGCGCUGGACGGGCGCGUCGGCCGACGACGCCGACGAGGAGCUCGCCUUCAUCAUCACGGGCGACAUCAACGCCAUGUGGAUGCGCGACAGCGCCAACCAGCUCCAAUCGUACAAGGCCAUCCUCGCGCUGGGCAACGAGCGCAUCGCAAGCCUCUACAGGGGAGCCAUCAACCUCCAGGCCCGCUACAUGACGCGGAGCCCCUACUGCAACGCCUUUCAGCCGCCGCCCGAGUCGGGACUCGCCCCGCAGGCCGACCACGCCGACGGCGACACCGUCCGCCCCGCCUACGACCCGGACUUCGUCUUCGAGUGCAAGUACGAGAUCGACUCCCUCGCCGCCUUCUUCCAGCUGAGCUGGGACUACUACCACGGCACCGGCGAUGCCGCCUUCUUCUCCCGCUUCGGCUGGAGCAAGGCCGUGCGCACCGUCCUCGACGUCGCCUACGACCUCCAGGCCGGCACGUACGCCGACGACGGGUCCGUCAACGAGUCGCCCUACACGUGGGCUCGCCAGGCCACCACCGCCACCGAAAACGUGCCCAACUCCGGUGCCGGCUCGCCCGUCGGCGGCGGCACCGGCCUGGUCCGCAGCUUCUUCCGCCCCUCCGACGACUCAUGCACAUACCAGUACUUCGUCCCGGGCAACAUGAUGUUCGCCCAGUUCGUCGGUGCCUCGGCCGAGAUCAUGGACACCAUCGAUGGCGACAUGGCUGCCGAGAUGAGGGAGUUGGCCCGCGUUAUCCGCAAGGCUAUAGAGGAUCACGCCAUCGUCACACACCCUCAGUUUGGCAACGUUUAUGCCUUUGAGGUUGACGGGUUUGGAUCUUUCAACCUGAUGGACGACGCCAAUAUCCCCUCCCUCCUGAGCAUCCCCCACCUGGGCUAUAAGCCCGUCACGGACCCCGUCUAUAGAAACACUCGGGCCUUCGUCCUCAGCAAGUCAAACCCGUACUACGCCUACGGCCCCAUCAUCAAUGCCACCGGCGGUCCCCACCUCGGCCCCGGCAAGGGGUGGCCCAUGGGUGUCGUCAUGCAGAUCAUGACCUCUGACGACGAUGAUGAGAUCGUCCAGGGAAUCAGGCAGAUCCUGGCGUCUACCAGCGGUCUUGGCCUGAUUCAUGAGUCUGUCAAUAGCCAUAAUGAGACGGACUAUACUCGCCCUUGGUUCGCAUGGGCAAAUGGUCUUUUUGGGCAAAUGAUUCUUGAUCUAGCUGAUCGUAAACCAGAGAUUCUGGCCAAGAGUUACCAGUAG